AUGUCUAAAGUUAGAGCUUUAUAUGAUUUUUCCGCGGAACCGGGUUCUACGGAAUUGUCUAUAUCUGCCGGUGAUAUAUUAACUGUUACUAGACGGGAUAUCGGCGAAGGUUGGUUAGAAGGAUCUAACAGUGAUGGUAAAGUAGGCUUGUUCCCGGCGGCCUAUGUUGAAGAUUUAAAUAGUGAACCGCCAAACAUUCCGCCCCCUCCUUUUCCUUCUGCAUUCGGUGCAGGAGAACCUAAAUAUGAGCAACCAAAUUAUAUGUAUUCCGAAGUUCCUGCUCAAGAUUGGACAAAUUCAUCCGACUGGCAAUCACAAUCGGCUCAACCUGAAUGGGAUGACGGAGAUGAAGAAUGGGACGACGAUUCUGAAACGGGCACCACCCAUCCAGUGAGCCAAGGGCCAGCAUCAGCUCAUUUACAAAUUUCAAAAUCUAUGAGUGGUUCAGAUUUGGGUAGGGUUAAUGUUGGGAAAAGUUUUAAUAGAUUUUCAACCUUUGUUAAAUCUGGUAGUGAAAGUUACAUUUUAGGAAAUUUAAAAGUAUCGGGAAUAAUUCAAGACAAAGACAAAAUUGUUAUAUAUGAUACUAGUGAAGGAAUAAUGUGGGAACCCAUCACAGAACCCUAUUCUUGUAUGAUAGCAUCACCCAAAAAAGAAUCUAAAUUAAGAGGAUUAAAGAGUUUUAUAGCAUAUCAGUAUAAGCAUUUCGAUUGGCUUCACGAACGAUUGGAAGAAAAAUUUAGCAUUAUUCCAAUACCCCCACUUCCAGAUAAGCAAAUAUCUGGACGUUACGAAGAACAAUUCAUCGAGCACAGGAAAACUCAAUUGCAAGCAUUUGUUAAUUGCGUUUGUAGGCAUCCUAUACUUUCACGUUCUAGUGUUUGGAAUCAUUUUAUUACAUGUACAGAUGAGAAACAAUGGAAAUUAGGUAAAAGAAAAGCUGAAAGAGAUGAAUUAGUAGGUGCAAAAUUUUUUUUAGCUUUGAAUGCACCUGAAAAAGAACUGGAAACAUUUAUUGUAGAACAAGAAACAGAAGAUUGUUCAAAAUUUAUAACAGCAAUGGACACAUCGAUUAAAAUAUUAUCCUCGACAUCUUAUGAUCAGACGAAAAAAUAUCAGGGGUUAUACAAAAAAGAUUAUGAAAAAAUAGGUCAAGCUUUCCAGUCAUUAUCAUAUGCUUUCAGCUUGGAUAAAACUCCUGGCAACCCGAGAAUGAAUUUAACAAAUGCUAUAACCACAACAUCCGCCAUUUAUUUGGAAAUAGGAAAAAUGUUUGAGGACCAACCUAAAAACGACUGGGAACCGUUGGGAGAUGUUUUACACAUAUACAAAGGCAUCAUUUCUUCAUUUCCAGACAUAAUCAACGUUCACAGGAACACAUUGAAUAAACACAAGGAAUGCGAAAGGUUGGCUCACGAAGCCAAAAUGUCUCCAUCAGAAUUGAAAGAUGUUAAAAAAAGAGCUGAUGUUGUUUCAUAUGCACUCCUAGCUGAAAUAAAUCAUUUUCACAAUGAAAGAGCUGUCGAUUUUAAAGGAGCCAUGCAAAGUUUUCUAGCGGAACAAAUUAAAUUUUACCAAAACAUUGUCGAUAAAUUAAAUGUUGCUCUAUCAGCCUACGACUAA